CUCGUUCAUAGUCUGAAGUGGAAUCAUGCCUGAACCCGCCAAGUCUGCGCCCAAGAAGGGCUCCAAGAAAGCCGUGACCAAGACCGCCGGCAAAGGAGGCAAGAAGAAGAGAAAGACCAGGAAGGAGAGCUACGCCAUCUACGUGUACAAGGUGCUGAAGCAGGUCCACCCCGACACCGGCAUCUCCUCCAAGGCCAUGAGCAUCAUGAACUCGUUCGUCAACGACAUCUUCGAGCGCAUCGCCUCCGAGGCGUCUCGUCUGGCUCACUACAACAAGCGCUCCACCAUCACCUCCAGGGAGAUCCAGACCGCCGUGCGCCUCCUGCUGCCCGGGGAGCUGGCCAAGCACGCCGUGUCCGAGGGCACCAAGGCCGUCACCAAGUACACCAGCUCCAAGUAAACGGACCGAUGUGAUCCACACAAACCAACGGCUCUUUUCAGAGCCACACACCUGAUCUGAAGAGUUUGGUAUUUCCUUCUGUU